AGUUGGCUCCGUCCCACAGCUCGGAUAGGAGCCAGUCCAUGUCGCCUGGUGAGUCUUGAUUUCUUGGUGAUGCCAUGGGGUACCAAACCUUGAGAUGUUUGCUGCUCUUCUUGGCUUCGGCCCAGGGCAGGAGCUGGCAACAGCCCUGUCCGUAUCGCUACAUGAUGCUGCAGGUCCACGCCUGCAACGGGGAGACUGAGGCGGCCUGGAGCCUGGCGGGCCUGGCCUUCAAGGAUGAGACGGGCAAGAACAUCCUGGUGCCGGCCGCGCGGGGCAGCGCCUUCCUCCACCAAGGCCGGGCCAAGGUCCCCGCCAGCUUCGGGUUCCAGGGGAGCGAGCCCUGGAACGCCCUGGACGGCAACCCCUUCACCGUGGCCCAGGUGGACGACACCUAUUCCCUGGAAGGCGAGGUGGCCAACGGCCGGGACCUGCACAGGCCUACGCUGGCGGCGAAGCUGAUCAUCGACUUUCAGGUGCCGAAACAGGUCGCCUCCUUCUCCAUCACCUCCCGCCGCGAUGGGCACGAUGAGACCCACCCCAGGAAAUGGACGUUGAGAGGAUCUAACGACUUGACCUCCUGGGCAAAUUUGAGCUCGUAUGACCUCGAUGCCAAGCCUUUUCCAGAGGGAACUUCCGGAUAUGGACGGCAAUCCACCGCCGACAUCGAGUGCGGGGAAUUGGAAUGACACUACAAUCCAAAUGACCGAUGCAAAAAGAAAAC